CGUCCCCGCGGGCGCGCGUCAGCUGGGCGCGAGGCGGAGCUGAGGAGCGCGACGCGUGCCGGGAACGUGCCGGGGCCGAGGCGGCUGCGAGGACCGAUGGAUCCCGAGGGCGCGCAGGCCACUGAUCAGAUGCAAACAGAAUCUUUACCUUCAUGUCCCAACGCUGUGUCACCGGUGAGGUUAAAUAAUCUGAUCGGCUCGCCAAGGUUUGGAACAGUUACUCCAAAUCGUGUCUUUGUUGGAGGAAUUGAUUUUAAGACUAAUGAAAAUGACCUGAAGAAGUUUUUUGCUCAGUAUGGCAGUGUGACAGAAGUGAAGAUAAUAAAUGACAGAGCUGGAGUAUCAAAGGGGUAUGGCUUUGUUACAUUUGAAACCCAAGAAGAGGCACAGAAGAUUUUACAAGAUGCUAAAAAACUCAACUAUAAGGAUAAGAAAUUGAAUAUUGGACCAGCAAUAAGAAAACAAGUGCGGAGUCCUAAUACUCGUUCUGCUGUGACACCACAAGCAGGUACAAUGUAUGCAACUACUGCUGUAUCACCAGAAGCUGGUACAAUGUACUUGACCACCUCGAGUGGAUAUCCCUAUGUUUACCAUAAUGGAGUGGCUUAUUUUCAUACAUCUGAAGUCUCUCCUGUUCAGCAGCCAUGGCCAUCUCGCUCUGUUUCCAGUUCACCUGUAAUGGUUGCUCCGCCUGUUUAUCAGUCUCCUACGUACCAUUAUCAGGCACCAACACAGUGUCUUUCAAGUCAGUGGCAGUGGUCUGUUCCACAGUCUCCUACGUCUUCACCUCCACUCCUGUAUCUGCAACCAUCUGAAGUCUUUUAUCAGCCAAUAGGAAUUAACCAAGAAGGUGGAUGUAUAUCUCCACCUCUCCUAAUGGAAGCUGCAGUUCCUGAGCUGUAUUCUGAUCAUGGAGUUCAAACACUACAUCACCAGCCCUAUGUCCAGAGUCACAUAGCCAUGCCUGCAGCUUCCUUCCUGUGUGGCUGAUUUCCAUCAUUGACAUAACAGCUACCAGCUGCCAGUUGUGGAAUUUGGGGAAUUGAGGUCGCAUUCUGUGAGAAGAAAUGUUCUGCAUCAUUCGUCUGUGAGUCUGAAACCUCAAUAUGCAUGAAGUCAUCAGUUUCAUCCUGAAAGGACUACAGAAGAUAAAAUUUUGCACUACCUUCUACAGAUGCUGUAAAACACUGGGUUUUUUAGCUGUGUAUUUUGCUAAAGUACCUAACUCAGGGAUACUAUGUUCUUCCUAUCUUCUGACAUUUCCCUGCACAGGUUCCCCAGUUAAAAUACCACUACUUUUUGUCAACUAAUAACAUGAAAUUCUGUCAUUUGGUCAGGUAAAACCAUGUGAAAUAAUAUUUUUAUCCAUGCACUUCCUUUCUUAAUAGAAAGCCUGUUAUAGGACAAAAGGAUGAUUUCUGAAAGACAACCUGCUGUAUGUGUUCCAGUUACUAACCAGCAUACUUUUGCUAAAGGCGUAAUGUCACUUUUAAUUUCUGGGUAACAUGAACUUUAAAGAUGCAUUAGUUACAAAGCUGAAGCCAUUUUGCCACAUACAGCAUUUUUGAACUGCGGAUAAAAUCUGGUUAUUUCAAUCUAUGGGACUUUCAUUUCCAUUCCAAAACAACUUGUCUAGCUUAAUUUUUCUUGCUAUCAGUAUUCUCUGCUUUUAUAAGGUGUUUUACUUGUGUGUCAUUUUAGUGUUUGCAGUAAUAACUUUUUAAAAUAAAAACCAGACCCCUAGUUUAAUAAUGAUUUGUUCUCAUCCUAGUAUUUUUCUUGCAUAUGCUUUUGGUUUUAUAGUAUGUUUUUAGCUAUAGAAAAAGGCAAGAAUUGACUACUUGAAUUGGAAAAAAACAUUGAAGAUUUCUAUUUGCUUCUUUGGUGUUUUCUGUUGUCCGUAUGAAAAUAAGGAACUCCCUGGAAAUACCACAAAUUGAGAUGAAGUAGUAUUUUUUUCCUGGAUUUCAGGAAAGUAGUUUUGGUUUUUGGUGGUGGUGGGUUGUUUGUGUGUUUGGUUUUUGUUUCUUCCCCUCACCUCCAAGGGUUCCUUCUAUUCAUUACAAAAGUCAGGUUCCCCAAAGGUUGAAAAUAGAGCCUCAGUAUUUACAGGAGUGCAAGGUAUGGCUUAUUGCUUCUGUAGCACUGAAGUCUUUAUUUUUUUGUAUGUAAAAUAUCCUUGAGCUGUUCAAUUUUAUCAGUUUUGUAGUGAUUUGGGGGUUUUCUUUUUGUGUGGAUUUGUUUUGUUGGUACUUUUUUUCCUUUUAAUUGUUCAGAGAUCUUGCCAAAUGGACAUUGUAGUCAGUGAAUAAUCCAUGUAUGAUAUGUGAAUCUCUUUAAAAGAUUGUUCUGGUGUUCAGUAGUGCUUUUUGGUGUUGUCCAGGAAAAGAGUUGGAGUCCAGUUCUGGUUUUCUGCUGUUUUGAAAUGGUUAGGAAAGGAGAUGCCAUGUACUAGGUCUUGGUUUCCUCAAGUGACUUUGCACCUUCUGCUAGGUAGAAAAAGCUACACUAAUAUAAAUUUAAUAGUUUCUCUUUUUAACAAUUUAUUGCUGCAGCAGCUGUAGUGGAUUGUUUUACCAGUAAGUAUCAAAAGAAGUACCCAAUUUUUGGAGACAUGUAGAGCUCAGCCUGCUUUUUUAAGAGGAAAGUAUUCAUUUGUUUUAGGUUCGUGUGUUUCUGAGCAAGGCUGUACCACUAAAAGCAUCUGUCCAGGUCUGUUUAAUUUUCAUAUUUUAGAACUCAUCAAUACAAAUAUAUCACAAAAAAAUCUUGGCUCAAAGUCAUAAUUCAUUUCCAUGAAAAAAUUUUUACAUAGUAUAUAUUUUUUAAUGAAGUUUUAUCCCUGAAGGUACCAAAGAAAGAUUGUGUUCUGUUAGAGCCUUACUUCUUGUCAGGAAACACACCAGGAUUCUUCAGGAUUCUGGAGAUUUACUCCCAACCCCUUAUUUUUGGAAUCUGCACUUUGCCAAAUGUGACUUGCCUGUUUUUAAUAAUGCUUCAGAGAUUCAAAAAGUAAAUUUUACAGUGAGUACUAACUUAAGAGGAGUGCUUACAGGGAAGUCUGUUGAACUAACUGCUUGAACGUGUCCAAAUACUGUGCAGUCACAUAUCAAAUUGUGGCUCUAUUCCAGACACUCCCAAAAUGUAGUUUAUUUUCACUUCAUUGGUGCAGAUGUUGGAUUGUUGAUAAUGAGUUGAUCCCAUGGCCUUUGUUUCAGAGAUCACUCAGUUUCUUUUUACUUGCAAGUGAACUUGAUUGUUUGUAAGGAUAUUCAGUGUCAGCAUUUAACUAUCCCUGCAGUGUUCCCCCGUGGGGUGUGUGGCAUCAGUCUGAAGGUACUGUUGGUCAGGAUUGUAUCUUCAGGUCUUAACAAAGCUUUGUUUUGAUUUGAGAGACCCAGAAGAAACCAAGUAGCUUUGAAUAUUGGUUUUCCUCCAGGAACUGGCAGUCACUGUUAAAAUACUGAGGCCCUUUCAUUUAUAUUGUAGCUCAUCUUUCUUCAGAAUGCUUGCCAAGAGUGAUGGCAUGACAGCAGUGACUGAACUGACCCUUCAGGAGUUGAAUCUCUGUAGGCACUGUUGAGAUGCAAGUGACUUACCUUUGUGAAUCCCUGUAGUUGAGUUAAAUGUGUGCUGAGGAAAACUCCGUUUCCUCAGUGCCUACAGCUGUGUGCUGUUUUGAUGUUCUGGCACUCAUGACUUCUUGUUCCUUUACUCUGCACAGUCCAUUUCUGCUAGUUCAGCUCUCCAGAAUGUGGAGAUUCCCAUGCUGUUAAACAGAAGUCAUCUAGUUAACUGCAGAUGAGGAUUUCGGGGGUUGGAGAAAGGGCCAUGUUCUCUUUGGCCUUCCUCAGUUUCCCACUGAUAAUUGUGAGGCUCCACACUCGUGCUAGGAGGGAAUGGAUCCCCAUGUGCCUGAGGGCGUGCAGUAGCUGAUAGCAAAUCAUCUUCAUGCAUUGGCUGUCACCUUCCCAGAUUAGCAAACUAAGUUCAUUUUCUGGCUUCCCCCCCUUAGAAUUUAGGAGAACCGGUUGGUAUUUUCUGUUUUCUCCUGAGCUAGCUGUUACAGAAUUUCUAGCAACUGCUGUCUGCUUAAUGUUACAUUUCUAUUGCAGAAGGUUAGUUCUAGCGUUUUCUAUUUGAUUAAUGCUGCAUAAACACCUUGCACAGGCAGAAUGUUACUGCAGUUGUCUCUCAUGUAAUUUUAUAUAGAUGGUUGGCUGUUUUUUUGUAAAAUGUAGAAUUCUCUAGUUCACUUGCAUUUUCAGUUCCUGCUACUUCAGUUCUUAUGCAUCAGAAGUUCAUUUAUUAUCCCAGAAAAAUGGUUUGCAUUUUUCAUUUUAAAUGGGCAAUUCUUUAGAUUCUGAAGCAAAUUUUCCUAAUAAGUCAUUGAGUAAACUGCAUUCCAGUAGUAACUGAGCAGAAACUAGCAGAGCACGUGGCUCUCUUGAAGUGUUUUUCUCUGUUUAACAUAGUUACAAAAUGUGAAAAGUUGUAUGGCUGCAAGAUAUCUUUUGUUGUUGUUGUAAAAUAGGUUUGUGCCUUUGUAAUGUUAAAGUACUGCAGUAGGUUCAGUUCACCUGCUUUCUAAGUUUCCUAUUGAAUUUAAAAAUACUGAGCUUAAAUCUUUAUUUUAAGGAUCCAGAAUACAGUGCUGUGUGUGCAGUCCUGCACACUAAUCCUUAUAUAGCUGUUAUAUAGAAAAUCCAGAUCUAGACCAUCCAGUUUCCUUCUAGAAUCCAUGGGUUUAGUUGAUGACUAACAUAUGGCUGUAGUGUUUGAUACUGUAUUGGAGAUACAGAUGAUACACUUGCUACUGCCUUGAUAAGUGAGACACUGUGGAUGCACAGAGAAAAGUUGAAUAAAUUUGCAGGUCUCAUUUUAGAGAACUGCUAAUGAUUUUAGAAAUGAAGAGCUCUUUCUAUUGAAACUGCUUGUAAUCCAGCAAUUAUAAAGGAGCUUCUGUAGUUUUGGAUUUCUAGGGAAGUUUAGUGUUACAGCUCCAAGUUUAAUUCCAGCUGGACUAUAUUUACUGUUUGGAUUGUAACUUUUGUUUAUUGUAGUAUCAGAGUUUUAAUGUGGAUUUAGAAAAACUUGAAAAAUGGAAUUAAACUUUGAUCAUUAAACUAUGUUUUAAU